AUGCCUUCUUCCAAGCUCUCGAUCGCCGCUUUUGUGGGAUUGGCUUCCGCUGCCAUCCCUUUUGGCGUUCCAUCCAAGCGCCAAAUCUCCUUGCCACCUCUUAUUCCUGCCAUUCCUGGCGUGACAGAGCCAAUCUCUGAGAACGCCCCUCCUCGCCCAAUUCUGCAGCUUCCUACGCCACCUCUACCAUCACCGCCAUGGGAGGGAAGCAACAUCAAGCCAAAGAAGAUUGGCUACUUCUGGACUGGUGCCGGUGACAACAAGCACGCCGAUUUCCUUGCAUCGUACUCUCUUGACGAUGACACCUUUGGCACUCUGCUCCGAGUAGUCGAUGUGCCCACAUCUGGCAACUCGCCACAUCACCUUGGUGUUUCCAAGGACGGACAGACGAUCUGGGGUGGUGGUCUCUUGUCCUUGCUCAAGACUCAAGACACUGGAUACUACUUUGAUGUCUCGAACCCGUACGAGCCAAAGUACCAGAAGAGUGAUCGCGCACUCUUGGCUUCCAUUGCCGAUGAGAUCGUGGCGAAGCCAGACGGUGGCUUCUUCAUUACCUACAUGGGCUCUGCCGUGGGUACCUCCCCAGGUCGUCUCAUCGAGACCGAUGCGGAGUACAACAUCAUCCACCAGUGGCCUGAAGAUGUCGAGGGAACUUUGAACAUCCUUGGCGAGCAAUUCUCUCCCCACGGCUUGUCCAUUGACUUCGAACGCAAUGUCAUGCUCACUUCGGACUUUGUGGUCCCAAUCACUGUGCUGAAGCCAUCCCUCGAUAUCCAACGAGCAAACACCCUCCGCCUGUGGGACCUCGCCAACCGAAAGAUUACCAACACUAUCACCAUUCCUGACGGAGGAGGUAUUCAGGAUGUUAAGUUCAUCCCAGGCAACCCAGACUCCGCAGCCAUCGCCACGGCCGUGCACCUUGGUCAAGUCUGGAUCAUCUAUCCAUUCCAAGAAGACGAGAAUGGAAAGCCAGGUCGUGUCGAGCUCUUGUACGAUCUCGGCCCGAAGGCACGCGACACCACGGCCAUCUACUCCGACAUCACCAAGGACGGUAAGUAUGCAUACUUCACCCUCACCACCGCAAACCACAUCGCCGCCCUCGAUAUCUCCGACCUGAACAACGUCAAGCGCCUCGACGACCCAGAUGAGGACCAACCAACUCUCGGACCUCACUACCUCAAGCUCACCCCAGAUCAGAAGCACCUCGUUGUGACCGACUACUUCGUUGAGACUGGCGACAUCGGCAUUCUCAACACUCCUGGCGACUACAAGGCAUUGUACAUCGACAUCGAGGACAAUGGUGCCUUGAACUUCAACAGGUCUAUCGACUUCCCUCGCGAGUUCUACAAUCGCGGUGGAGCUAAGCCACACAGCGCUGUCGUCUUCGAUCUUACUGACGAGGCGAAUCCAAUCUGCUAUUAG